AUGGAUCCAGAAAUCAUUUCUUUAGGUCCUAAUGCUGCUGAAUUAGUGUUCCACAAUGAAAAUGGAGAAACAAUCGGACAAAUAUUAACAUUUAACAGUAGAUCAAAGAUAUUAAAUAAACAUGGUGUGCAAGACAAAGAAACAUUUGAAAAUACAUCAAGUGCUAUAGGUAGAAUAUUCGUUAGUUUUAAUGAACCAGGUAAGGUGGAACCAGUUUGGUUUUGUGGAACUGGAUUUCGUGUGAAGAACGAUCUUGUUAUGACAGCAGCUCAUGUCAUUGCAUAUCCUGUCGAUACAAAUGCACCAAAAGAAACUCAAGAGAUGCAAAGAAAUCUUAAAUUCCACAAGAUCUAUAUAUUCUUUGGUACCGAUGCCACCAUGGACAUGGAAAUCAACCUUUCAAAUAUUGACAAUGAUGAGAGAAUUUUUGAGUUGGUGACCUAUCCGUACACAAUACCUUCCAAUCAUGUACCUUCUUUGAUUGUCACUGGUGACAAUGACCAAAGAUACAGGUGGGAUACUCCCAACGAUUUAGCUAUUCUCAGAUUCUCUGGAACAAUACCAACAAACACCAACAUUCUAUUUCCAAUGAUUCCAGAACCAAAUAACCAAAUUAUUACAGAGAUCGACCACUAUGUCAUGGGAUAUCCAGGUCACAUAGAAUUGAAGAGAUUUGUGUCAGACUACGGUGGAGUAAUCAAUGAUACCGUGCUGUCGCUCUAUAGUAAUGUGAACAAAGAGUCAUGUGGUUUUCAGAAAAAAACAGUAUGUGUUGGCAAAGUUACCAGAUACAUUGAUAAUAUACUCUCACAUCGUUGUCCAACACUCAGAGGCUCAUCAGGUGGUAUUAUCGCAAGCAGUCAACACGAAAGAAAGUUUGUAGGUGUUCAUCUCGGAGGAACUCAAGAAACAGGAAAUGUUGCCCUCUCAGUUACACACCCAUUAUUCUGGCAUGUAUAUAGCAAUUAUAUUCUUGAUGAUCAAUUCAUUCAAGAUAAUGCUCAACACUUGCAAUCUUAUAUAAAUCAUUUUCAAUCAUAA